CGUCAGGCUAAGCUUACAGCGCCGGUGAUCACGACGGUCUUCCCCGCGGCACUAAGCUCAGGCCGCUUCGGGGAGAUAGCUGCGUAAGUAUCAUUGUGCCAAGUUGACGUCGGAGACGGUACAGGAGCUGCCAUUAUUUCGAUAUUUUGCGUUGGUGUUGAAGGAGGGCAAAGCAGCAAGUUACGGGAAUCUAGAACGACUCUAAUAUCUAAAGGCCCAGGGGGUUAUCGUAUUAUAUGAUAUAUUAUAUUCACGUAAGUUUGAUGUAAGGGAAGAAUCUUACAUAUAGAGGAGUGCAUAUCCUAUCAUACAUUUCUCGGGGAUAUAGAACCAACCGCCGGGACUCUGGCUUCAUAAUCAGCAGUUCGGGGGCCGUUGGGUGUGGUGUUGGUGUCGUAUGUAUUUGGAUGCUCUCGAACACGAGCUUUAUAAUCUAGUCCGUAAUGGCCCCGAACUCGAACCCUAAGCAGUUGACAGUCUUGCUACAGCCUACUAUCGACCAAUUAGAGAGAGUGGAAUUACCUUAUCAGUAUGCUGUUAAGGACUUCCCCAACUUCCUUGAUAACUUCUAUUCUAUGACAACGCUCACCGACGCAUUGAGGUUCGUAGUUGAUGAAGGCGCAAUCCUGUUGGGACAUUCGGUCAAUGUCAAUCGCACACCGCGUACUCCCAACUCCGUGAAUUCUGUUUGGCGUUCUACGGCUUUUAGUUCUGUCUUUGGCACCUAUUACAAUCAUCUGGACAAUAGCGCCAACAUAAUCGAUCAGGAACUCAUUGGGAACUCAAUGGUGCCGAUAUUGUCUGCUAUAACUCCUGAUGGCGCUGCGUACCUGAAUGAAGCAGACUUUGGACAGUAUAACUUCCAGCAAGUGUUCUACGGUAACAAUGAUGAUAAGCUCUUGUCUAUCAAGAGAAAGUAUGAUCCAAAUGACACAUUCUACGAUCAAACAGCCGACUUUGACCAACAAUUCAAAUCCUCGAUAUAUGUCUUCGGUAUUAGUGGCGAUUAUAACCCUAUUUCGUCACCAGGCUAUACUCGUUUCGAUUGA